CGCCGGCCAGCCACGUGAAACAACCUCCACCGCGUCGCCGUCUUCCUCCCUCCCCGAAACACCCCCCAUUCCCCACGAAACCACCACCCCGAAACCCCGAAUCCACUAAUGAAACCCCUCCCCACUGCUAAAAACCCCAAAUCGUUCCUCCUACCACCCCGAAACCCUAAGCGGCUAGGAUUUUCUACGGUGGGGAGGAGUUUUCGGGAGUGGGAGAGGUGGUUUUAAGCGAUUUUCAAGUGGAGGAUGUUGGGGGUUUUAGAUUAAGGGGUAGCUGGAAAACAGGAAAAGGAGGACCGGCGAGUGGGUGGGGGAAAUCGGCGCAGGGAGAGGGGAUAUAGCGGCGCACAGGGGAGGGGGAAGGGCAACAACCGCCGCCGUUUGGGGUUAGGCUGGUGGUUUUUGGGGUUUGGCUAGUGGCCGGGAUUUUGGGGUCUAGUUGGUGUUUGUUUGUUUUUUUUUUUUUAUAAAUUGUUUUAGCCAAUUCACUUGUGACAUGUGUCGGUGUCACUUUAAGAAAAGAAAAAAAAAACCAGUCAACCGAUCACCGGUUUUUGGGACUGAAGAAAAAGAAUCCCUAAAGUUCAGAUUAUUCCACAAUAAUUCAAAGUUGGGAUUAUUAUAGCAAAAUUCAUGAAAGUUGGGAUUAUUAUUUCUAAUUUUUCUUAAAAAAAAUCCACAAACAAAAGUUCUAUAAAGUUAUUAUUUUGUUAGAUGAAACUUUGCUUUCCCACAUAAAUGGACUAACAAUAUGAUUAACUUGAUAGAAAUAUUUUGCCAAAAUUUAUUAAAUUUUAGAUCCUUAUAUAUAACCAGACUGAUAAUUAAAUUUAACACCUUAUAGAUAAUUAAAAAAUUAAAUACGGCGUAGUAAGUGUGGACUUAUCCUUAUUUUCAAUUAAUAUAGUACAAAAAAAAUAAAAAAAAAUAAAAAAUUGUUUAUAAUAGAAGUCUCAUUUCACUGAAAAUAUUUAACCCUAAAUAGAAGUUUCAUUUCACAUUAUUAUUUUCCUUAUUCAACAUAAUACAUAGUACUUUUUUUUCCCCUCCUUUUUUUAUUGACCAAAUCUCAAAAGUAACAUUUAAUCAACCAAGCUCCUUAUCUAAUUAAUUUUUUUUAAAAAACUAAUGGAAUUUAAUAGUUGAACAAUAUGAAAUAAGCAUAAUGCUUGUACGUGCACCUAUUAUACCUUAAAGUUUUUGAUAUGGAGUUGCUUCAAAUGCUAAAAUAAUUUUAGUGCAACUCAUCAUUGUCUUCCACCUUCUGUCUCAAACUCUCUUGUCCACAAUUCAAUAUGUACCACAAAACAUCAUAAAUUUCCUGCGAAAAUUUCAUUCAUUACAACAUAAAAAUAGGAGGAAAAAAAACUAGACCAAUAUAUCAAAACACCUCCCCUCUUUUCAAGGAAAAGCCUACAUUUUUCAAUUUUAAAAACUAUUAUUAUAUCCUAAAUUUCCAUGAUCGUCCUUGAAGAAGCUAAUAUUCGUCCUCCCCCUGAUCACAGCCGGAUCUCUUCAGAUCCGCUUGUGAGGUCGGGCUAUUGGCUUUUCUAUUAACUUAUAUAAUUUUAAAAAAUUUAAAACGAAUAUAAGGAAGGGAUUUCCAUAACCCGACUCCUGAAUGUUCUUCAGGAGUCAGGGAAAUUGAUCAUCAUUGAUUAUAAUAUAUGAAAGUGCAUAUGUAUAUAUAUAUAUAUAGAUCAUUAUUAUUAUUAGUACGUAUAUUAUGACGACGACUCAGAAGAAGAUGAAGCUCCGUCCGGGGACAGCGGGGUAUAGGAGGAAACACGCACUCCUACAGCCAUCUCCGUCAUCACCACCUAGUGGUAGAGUGGCGGAGAUGGCCGGAGGCACCACAGCGGAGUGCGCUGCGGUGUGGUGUUGUUGUCCAUGCACAUUAAUCAAUUUGUUUGUGCUAUUUGUCUACAAGGUUCCUGCAAGUAUAUGCAAGAAGGCCCUAAGAACACACCGAAGGCGACAAAUGAUGAAAAAAGGCCUUCUCCCUCUACAAUCAUUCGCCGCCUCGAGUAGGGAAAGUCCAUGUCGAUAUAGUAUCCCUUUAGAAGAUAUGAGGUACCAAACCGAUCACACGACGACAAUGGUGGUGAUGGAUCCUGAAACUUGUGGGAGUAUUAGCAGUGAUGAUAAUAUUAUCAUGGAUAAGGAGUUGAUGCAAUUGGAAGAGGAAAUGUGGGAAAAAUUCUACUCUGCAGGAUUUUGGAGAAGCCCUUCUCAAGGAGAAAAAAUAAGGGGACAACAACAAUGAUGAUAAAUUUCAUGAUUUUUGAUUCUUUUUGUUUUAUUUAUAUUUGUUUCCUCAAGCUUUACAAUCUAGUUUUUUUUGUACAUUAAACCAUUUUUAUGGUUUGGGUGUCCUAGGAGAAAUGAUUCAAGGGCAAUGUUUUUUUGUAUUGAUCUCUUGUAUUCAUCGUAUUUGUAAUUAAUUGAAAAGGGGUAGGGUUGGUUUGGAUGUUUAAGGAAUGAGUGUGUAUGUAUAGUGUGUUAUACAAAAUACAUUUUUGUGAUUAUAACUUUGGGGCUUUUGUAUUGUAAUUUCGAUCUUUUUCUAUAUAGUUUAUUGUAAUAUAAUGUAAUUUCUUUGUUGUAUUUGUGUGACUAAGCAUGAUCAAAAGAAUGUGAUUGGAGGUCGAUAUUCUAUUUAUUUAUUUAUUGAUUUAUUUAUUUAGAACAAGGAGGUCCAUAUUCUAUAGUUAUUAAAGUUUGUGACAUAUUUCUCAAUCAC